AUGGGCGGGGGGGGGGGGGGGGGGGAUCUCAGGGGGAUUCAACGCGAGGCCAAAGAGAAGGUGUCGGGAUCCAGGAACCGGGUAACGGGCCCGGAGGCAAAGCCCGAGACCCUGGACGCAGCACCCGCGACAGAGGAGGAGGAGGAAGGAGCGGAGGCCCGGGUGCCCCAGCCCGCCCCCGCCCGUCCCCCGCGGACGCGCGUCCCCACGCCCUGGUCCCCGCGCCCCCGCAGUGCCCCCCGCGGCUGCCGAGCCCCCCCCCCCCCCCCCCCCCCCGCCCCGGGCACGACCGAGAGCCGCGGCCCCGCCGAGCCCAGGCCGCCCUGGGCCCCGCCCCGCCCGCGCGCAGGGCUCCGCGCCAGGCUUCCCGGACGCGCGGGGCCCGAAGCGCCUCGGACCGGCCGCCCGCCUCGACCGCCUACUGCUCGCGGGGUCCCCCUCCCCUUGCCGGGCCGCUCCGUGACCCUCCUCCGCUGCAGAGCAGCCCGGGGCUCCCGGAGCCCGCGCCCUGCGCCCCCAGCCCUCGGGGCCCGCCCGGCGCCUGCCGCCGCCCGCAGCGAGCGCGGGCUCCGCGGGGUCCUGCGCCACCUGCACCCGCCAGGGGCGCGGGGAGCCCGGCACCGCCCUCUCGUCGCAACGCACCCCCGCCCCAGCUCCCCGCAGUUCACGGCAUCUCCCCCUCCCUGA